GUAGCCCACGGUACUUGUUGAUCUGGAAACUGAAACCUUAUACAAACAAACUACCCCAGCAAAACUAAAAGCUCAAAAGCAAAGUGCUUUUUUAGACACAGCUUUCCAGAGCAACUGUUACUGCUUGUGAGAGACUGAUAGAGUGAGAGAGAGAGCAAUGGAGAAAGAGAGAGCUACGGCGGUGGUGGUGCUUUUGUGCUUGGUGGUGGUGAUGGAACUUCCAGAAGCAUCAGCUACGAGAUAUAUGGUGGGCGGGAACGUGGGUUGGACCAGCAAUGUGAACUAUACUAUUUGGGCUCAGGAUAAGCACUUUUACAAUGGAGACUGGCUCUUUUUUGUUUAUGAUAGGAACCAAAUGGAUGUUAUAGAGGUGAACCAGACAAACUAUGUCUCGUGCAAUGCUGAACAUCCCCUUCACAACUGGACCACCGGAGCCGGAAGAGAUGUGGUUCCACUGAAUGUGACAAGGGACUACUACUUCAUUACUAGCAAGGGGUACUGCUAUGGUGGCAUGAAGCUCGCCGUUAAAGUUGAAAACAUGCAUCCACCCCCCGAAGCUGCCCCAGUGAAGAGCAAGAGCAGUGACCUAACACCUGCUUCCCUGUUUGUUGUGCCCGCAGUCUUCGCCAUUGGGGCAAUGUGGGACGCUUUAGUUCGGCUGUGAACGCAUAUGAUAUUUAAACUUGAGCUAGCAUUGAUGGGAUUAUUGAAAUUCGCUAAACAGUGAGGAUUAUCCAAAUCAAAAUUAGACUAUUCUUCUAGCUAAGUAAGUUAAGCCAUUGAUUUGUGAAGCAAAUUGAGAUUGCCUUUCACUUUACUUGUAUCUAAUUUUCUUUUGGUUUUUGGGGUUUGUAAUUUGUUGGUGUUGUUUUAGUUUCACCUUGAUGGUGAGUAGAAAUUGGACAAUGGUGUUUUGAAUGAGGAAAUUUUUAAGUGUUAUUUUAAUGGAUGAAUUUGAAUACUUUA